CUUAAGUGCCCCCUGUUGCUCUCAGUGGGAACGACGGGCAAAGUAGCCCGUUGCCUCGUUUCAGUGUCACCUCAGUCCAACCAGUCGUGAGAAGGAAGCGCAAGUGAAGUUAUUCCCCGUGGCCGGGCGCCUCAGGUGAGGUGAGGUGAGGCUCGGCUCGGCUCGGCUCGGGAAGGUGAGCAGACGCUUCGGCGCGGACGAGCCGAACUACCGAGCGCAGCAGGGGAGCCGCAGGAAGGAAAUUCCGGACGGGACGCACCCGGAAUUGGGCCGUUCCUCUCCGCUUCCUCGCAGCCUCCACGCGGCCACCUGCUCGCUCGCCUCGCCUCGCGCAGAAAUGCGUGCAGCCACGGCGCUGGAAACACGGAGGAAAUGGCGUCUGAGGUAGAACUCGGGCGAAACGAACUUCUGGAAAUUGACAUAUGCGAAGGGGACGUCUGCUCCGAGGAAGAGAGCGGAGUUUUUGUGAACUCGGGCGGCGCGUCUCACACCGACUCGGUGAGCGAGGGCUUCUUCUCCUCGGCGUUUGGCCAGUCACAGUGCUGGGCUGCCCCGGGGCUCGGCGGUGCGCGGGACGACAGCCCUGGUUCUGAGGCGUCGUCGUUCGAGACUGGGAGCGCGGCUCCCGGCCAUGGCCGCGUCGGCGGGGGGGGAGAGGAGGAACCUAGGAGCGUGUCCAGAGCAUCCAUCGUGGACUGCCUCCUGGUCGAGCUCUACGACACGUACACGAGCGGACACCGGCACAGCGUGGACAGCUCCACGGAAGCGUCGAGCUCGGACGCCUUCUUCGGGAGAAGCUCGUCAGGCUCGGGGUUCCUGCAGGAGCUGCAGGCGAGGCACACGCGGCGCCACCAGAUGAAGUACCUGGCGCAGAAAGAUCCCGAGGAGCUCAAGUGGAUCAUCCAGGAGGUGAACUAUCGCAUCGGGAUCCAGUCGGCCAAGCUGCUCCGGCAGCUGAAGAGGAAGGACCGCUUGUACAACAAGAUGCAAAAGAACUGUGACAUUGUGACGGCCUGCCUGCAAGCAGUGUCCCAGAAAAGACCCUGGUAGCAGCAAUCAAGCAGGUACGGUAUGUUCAACCACCCCAUUCCCUUCAUCGUUAAGCUUUAGUGUUCAACAUGCUGUCUGUCUUCAUUCUGAAGUGAAGACAGUGCUGUAUGUGUGAUAAGUGCAGCAUGAGUUUACUGCCUUACUUCAUCCAGAAGAGGAAUGAUGUAUGACUUGGGUGUUGUGUUUAGACUGUAGUCACUUGGAGCAACAGUGCAUGCUGUUUGUAUUUGCAUGUUUAUACUAAUGCUAAACUCGGUCAAAGGGCAUAACUUUACAUAAACUAAUAUACCGUAAGAACCGUUUUCUUAGUACACCAUGCAUGAGACAAAGACUAUAAACUAAAACAGAAGUCUGUUGACAUUAAAUCUUUCAUAGCAAGACUGAAGGUGGAGUGAUCUUUUGAAUGUAGGACCAUAUUUUUACACCAAAUCAAAGACUUUGAUACAUGAUUGUGUGUCUUUCCGGGACGCAGCAAGUGUCCAUUGUGAGUUUGUGGAGUGCGUUGAUAAUGAAUAGCAAAGAGGAAGUAUUUGUGAAUGUCUUGCUCCGUGUCAUUUCGUACCUGUGGUUUUCAGACUUGUUCACAGGCUUCAGGGUCACGUUUUGGUUUUAUCUCGUUGCCCCCCUCCCAUCUCUGAAUAUUUUUACUGCUAAAUAUUCACCUUCGGCUUGUGACAGAAGAAAUAUGAGGCAUGUCUGGGUAAUAAGAAGUGUU